UAAUAAAUUGACCAAAGAGACUAUUUUACCCUUCUGCCAAAAAAAACCACCCCUUGGAAAAGGCUAAAUCGGUAUUUAACAAAUUGAAAAAUACAAUUGGCCCAACGAAAGCAUUUCAUUGGCCACUUACCCAAAAUCUUUGUACUUUCCAUCUACUUUUUGCACGUGAGUCUACUCUUUUCCCUCGCUCCAAAUACACACUUCUGCAUCAUUAUUGAAGCACAUCUUUCACACUCUUCUUUCUCAAAAGAAAAGCAGAACGCCUCAAGCACUUCUUCCCUCCAAGCUCCAUUGUUUUCAAACACCGCUCAGAUCCAGUUUUUUGGUGUCAAGAUGGUGUGAAGAUGUUCAUGUUAAUAAGUGUUCAAUCAUUGGCAUCUCUGUCUUCACAAGUGUUUGUUAGUGUGUUUGUUUCACAGUUUAUCCCUCAAGUUCAUGUUUGUGUUUCUGUUACUCUUGAUCGAUUUGUUUAAAUGGUUAGGUCAGCAUCAGAGCUUUGGAUUUGUUUUAAUCUUGUGUUGCCGUUGGUUAGAUGUAAUAUUGUGGCUCUAGAGUCUUUUAUCUUACUGAAGUCUUUCAAGCAUAUUAGUCGCUGUUUUUCAUCAAAGAGCCUCACAAGUUUGAAGGCACACCAAAAACAGUUUUGAAACGUGUUAUAUGGCCCAGAAAACAUUAAAUCUUCAAUUGCAUAGAAUUGGAUUGCUUACAUGCUCCGAGUGCAUUUCAAUGUUCGACAAGGAAAAUGGAAAUUUUAGAAUAUUAUGGGCAGAGCAAGGUGAUGAGAUAACUCUUGAGUAUGCUGGGACUAAUGCUCUCAAACGGGACUUAGUUAGAUAUGGAAAGAAAAUGGUAACUGGAUUAAUAAAAGAUGGGAUUAGUGCAGUUUCACGGUAUUACGUGAAUAAUUUCCACGAUGGAAUUUGGAAGGAUGCUCUGGAUCUGAGUUGCGGUCACUAUACUGUCAGAAGAAAUGCUCAUUCUCCUUUUCAACAAAAUAGCUUUGGACCUUUAUCUCUUUGAUAAUUGGUAGUUUGACAACAACUUCCUUCACUCUUCAUCAAGGUAUUUAACUUUCUUUUUCUUCAUAUGAAUAAAUUUUCCUUGAUGCUUGCUUUGCCUUUUCUUUUCUUUUUAUUUAAAUUUGAAAAUUUGUUAUUUUAUAACGGGCCGAAACACACAACAAUGUGUCUUCUGUAAUCUGUGCUGGAAUAACUGCUGGAAUCAUGGUUGUAGACAAAGCUAAUGGAAGACAGUUCCACUGAAUGCUGAUGUUAUUUUCAUUCGCGUGUCGUGUGUUGCAGUAGUGAGAGAGACACUUAGUAGCAAAAAUGGUGAUUUGGUCUUUUCUGCAGGUGACAUUCUGUUGUUUGGAAAUAAUGAGCGGCUUGAUGUUGACAAAAAUGAGGUUGAAGAUAUAUUUUUGGAUAACCGAAUGCAACAGCUUCGCAUAUGGUUAGCACCUCAUACAGGAUGGAGAAGCUGUCUAAAUUCAAUGGUUCAUCUAUUUAACUAUGGUGCUUCGGAUUAUACAAUAUUCAUCAAGAAUGAGAUGUUGCAGUAAAAGAAAUCAGGCAAUGAAAGUGAAAAGUUGAAGUCAUUAUUGGAGUUUUUGAGAGAGAAAUUUCAUUUUAGAGCGUUGCAACUGAAAGAGUGCAUUUCUAGCUUAUGCACUCAUGUACCAAUGUGUUUCAUAUUAGAACAUAGCUAUAUGAAAUUAGUGUGUUUAGAGGAGAAACUUGAAUCAUUUAAAGAAAUGUUGUUUCAAGAGUAUCUGGCUUCUGAAGAACUGGAAAAGUUUUUCUCUAAUAUGGAAAUUUUAGUUGAUUCGUCUCGGAAUUUUAAGAAUAGUGAUGCAGAACCCGUGUUCAAGUAGAGAAAUGAAUGUUUUAACAGCUUUAGAAACUGCAAAAGAUUCACUUCACAGACUUGACUUGAUCGGGUUUAAUAAGGAUAAUCCAGUUAGAGAAUUUUGUUUUGGAAACGCAUCGAUAAUAUUCUGUACAACUGCUACUUCAUUUAGGUUGCACACUGUUUCUAUAAAACCAAUGAACCUUUUGGUGAUCGAUGAAGCAGUGCAACUUAAAGACUGUGAAUAUAUCAUACCUUUACAACUACCAAGAAUAAACCAUGCCAUUCUUGUCGGUGAUGAGUGUCAACUUCCUUCUAUGGUCCGAAGCAACAUACGCAUAUACUAAAACAUAUUUCUCUAUUAAUGAAUUCUUGAUCUUUAAUCAACGUUAAUUUUCAUAUGUGAUUGUUCUUUUUGUAAGGUUUGCAUUGAUGAAGCUGGUUUUGGGAGAAGCUUAUUCGAGUGAUUGAGUUUAUUGGGCCGCCCCAAAAUCUUCUCAACAUGCAACAUAGGAUGCAUCCUGACAUAAGCUCAUUUCCAAAUUCAAAUUUCUUUAGUAGCAAAAUAUGUGAUGCACAAAAUGUUAAAAGCAACUACACUAAGCAAUAUCUUCCCGGGCCAAUGUUUGGUCCUUAUUCUUUUAAAUCAGUCUAGGAAAUGUAUCAUAAUUUUAAAUGAAUUAUACUAAAUAAGAUUUUUUUUGCUAUAGUAUUUAUUGAUUCUUACUCUCU